AUGAACGGGGUUCACAGAUCGAUACCUACCACCACCGCUCCGAGUUCACAGAACAAACAAUCCAUCGUGUUGAAUCUCGCCAAUUCCUACGUACAACAGCAUGCUAUGAAUCCUCCAAACUACUCCCAAGCCGGCCAGGCCUUUCGCGCAUCGAAUGCGACUCAGCAAUCGUAUCAAUCGCUUUCAAUGGCGACCAUGAACAGUUCUUCACCAUUUGCGAACGAUGGGAUUAAUGGGAUCAACAGUCCUCAGUCAUCGGGCGGCGCAUUCAACAAUUCUUCGUCGACGUCGGUCAUCAUUCGAAAGCUUCCGCUCAACACCACUGAAGAUACAUUGCGCUUGAUGGUGGUUUGGUCAAAGGAAUUCGUGGAUGCGGAGGUCAUGUCACCCGACAAGUCCGAAGACGCUGGGUUUCGAUCGGCCGUCUUGCGCUUCAAGUCGCAUGCAGGUGCCCUCGAGGCGAAGAACAUGCUGGAUGGUAAACCAAACGUUGCCAACGAUGCGCAAAUGGCGGUCGAGAUCUUCUAUGGGUCUCCUUCAGCUUCCCGGCGUUACACGAUCAACAACAAUUCGAAUACUGGGCCUUCAAGUUCAACUUCGUCAACUGCUUCGUCUGGAGGACCCACUCCUCGUCAACCAUCUAGAUUCGACGGAUCGUUCCAAUCAACCCAACGAGUUUCGCCGACCAAUGGUAACUAUGCAAGCAAUGAGCUACCCAAUCCAGAGGUGAGCGCUCAUUACCAGAGCCUCUUCUCGCCCCAAUCACCCAUCGGUAAUCACCUCAACGAGCGCACUCGGGUCACAGGGAAAUCGCUUAUCAACAAUGACUCAGUCGACGACGACGAGACUGGUGAACUGCUCAAAGAUCCCGUCGCGUAUGCUGAGAAUGGCUCGUCAGCCCAGUCUCGCCGACCAACUAAUCCUCAGAUUCCAAUCUCACGCAUGGCAGGGUUAUCAUUAAACACCAACAGUGCUGCAGGUCCGGCACCUCUGUCUUCAUUUUCACAACCCAUGUCUUCCAUCUCACAUUCAAAUCCAAUCUCACCAAGCGGCUUGACCAAUGGUGGUCCGCCAGUGAAUUAUCAGCUAGGCAGUCAGCACUAUCAACGCCACAACUUCCCACCUGUCAACCCCGCAGAUCAGAACCCUCCAUGCAAUACACUUUAUGUCGGCAAUCUCCCGAUUGACACCUCUGAAGAUGAGCUCAAGGCAAUGUUCUCCAAGCAACGCGGCUACAAGCGUCUUUGCUUCAGGACCAAGCAAAAUGGGCCUAUGUGCUUCGUUGAGUUUGAAGAUGUCUCAUUCGCUACCAAAGCACUACAUGAACUUUAUGGUCAUCCUCUUCAUAACAGCAUCAAGGGUGGGAUCCGAUUAAGCUUCUCCAAGAACCCAUUGGGUGUUCGUUCUGGCCAAGGCAUGAGCUCUCCAGGUCCCCCAAUCGUUCCAGGGAACAUGCAAGGAAUGAAUGGUGUCAUGCUCGGUCAAGGGUCUUCAUUCAGUACUGCAAGCGGUCCUCCGCCGGGUCUUUCGGCUCCUCCAGGACUGGCUCCAGGAAGGAUGCCUUCUUACAACAACGUCAACCCAAUGAAUGGCGGUAAUGGUCAUUACAACAACAACUCAUUCGGCGUUAAUACCAAUGGCUGGGGCAGUCAACCAUUCAACGGCGCAAUGACUGCGGGAGGUCCACCACAGAUGUUGAACAAUUCACACAAUCCUACAUUUCCUCCAUACAUGAUGGGAAGAUAG